CUUUUUAUGUUAAGGGGUGACGUCUCUGUCAAUCCCGGAUUUCAUAUGCUGUUACGAUUUUAAUAAUAAUAAUACCUAUAAUAAUAACAAUAAUAAUAAUAAACUUAUGGACACAUUCUUAAAAGUGCUGGAAUGCCAGUCAAGUUAGAUGAAAGGGUGGGUAAUGACGACCUCUCUAUCAAGAGUUAGAUUGAGUUACAUUAGAUUCUCUUACGGAUUCUACCAGCAUAUUGCUGUUAAUCACUGUAGUCGAUUCGUUAUAAUCACACGCAAAACAAUCCUAUGAGAAAAUAUGCCAGUGACUACCAACUACCGAGCGUCAGACUGAUAUCAGCCCUACAUGCCCACAAAACUUGCGGGAGAGCCUGCAGGUUUGAUUUGCCGGUAAAACAAUACCGCUGAACACCAACCGCUUGAAUGCUGAGAUGGUUUUGCGGUGAUGUUACUUCAUAUCCACAGCCAAAGGAACAUAUGAAGCUGAGCGAACAAUGAAAAGUCAAGGGGAGCUAAUGAAUUUCAAGAAAAUAGUCAACAGUUGUGUGGUGGGACAUCGUCUCCAGUGUGCCUUCUGCAGUUUCCAGUGCAAAAGCAAUGUAACAUAUCAGAUUCAUAUUGGCACCUACCACCCAGUGCACUGCGAGGACAUUGACCUUGGACGUCUUGGUAAGAUAAUCUUCUACCAGAGAAGCGGAAGGCUUUUCCACUGUCAGACGUGCUUUUUCACAGGGAAGACAUUUGCUUGUGUGUACGACCAUGUCAUCUCCAGACACUGCUUUGCACGUGAGGCCAAGCAGAGCGAGAACGGGGACCCAAAAGUCUACCUCAGUGACAGCAAUGACAGCAAGGAGCACAGCGAAGAAAACAACCUGGACGCCUGUCACAGUGAGCCGCUGGACUCAAAGAUUGCCGAGCAUGAGUAUGGAGGAGAUCCCUCAAAGUUCGCAGCUCUGAACAGCCUCAAGAUUGAGGAGGAAGAGUGUGAUGAUGAGUAUUCUCGCUGCUCUGGCUCCCCUAGCCAUGCCUUAAAGAGAAAGAGGGGGGCUGGAAGUGAUGAGGAGCCUGCCACAGAUGACGAUUUCCCAGACUAUUCCCUAAGCAAGGAGGAGCAUGAUGGAGCAAGACUGGAGACGAGAGCAGAUGAAGCAGAACUGUCCAAGUACUUCCGUCGCAAUGGUGGACGCUACUAUUGCAACAUCUGCAACUGGCGUGUCAGGAUGAAAGGCUUCAUGCUUCAUCACGUCAGCAAGAAACACGACAUCCCCAAACCUUACGUCUGCAAGGAGUGCAACAAGUCUUUUCUCCUGGAAAGCAUCCUCAACAGCCACAUGAGCAUGUUCCACAAGCAGGGCAUCUAUCAGUGUCCCUACUGUUCUUUCAAAUCCAAUUUCUUACGUGGCAUCCGCAGACACCUGAACCACUGCAGCUCGUCCCGGGGAGAGGGUGAGGUAUCAGACAGCGACGAGCACUUGGAUGAUCAGGAUUAGUCUCAUACCUGGCCACUCUUCAUUCAGACUGCAAUGUGCACUUUCAAGAGGCUCAGGUUGGUUACAGUAGCAGAUAGCACUUUUCCUGGAAUGGUGAAGUGCUACAGAAAACAUUGGCCACUGAAAGAGAGAAGUCCAAAUAUUAUUAUUGAUUUCUGUGAUUUUCAUCAGCAAAGUCCUGAAUAAGCUACAAGUGUCUCAUCACAUCAAUAAUCUAUAUUUGGAUAGUUUUUAUGAACUGGAAAAAAACAUAUCGUCAUGAAUAGUAUUGUUACUACAUGUUGAAACUGUGAUUCAGAAAUGUAUAUUUUCUUAUGACACAGACAGUAUAAAUUUUCUUUGUUAAAUGUGCAAAUUGUUUGUUUAUUUUUUGUUGUUGUUUUGUUCAUACAAUUAGCACAAAAGUGUUUUGUGUAGACUAAACUGUGGAUCUGUGGAUUCAAUUCUGCGACCCAAAAUGCAUGAUCACAUCUGACAAAAUGUAUGGAUUCUUAUCUCACUCAGACUUACCACCAGCCAGUCUUUAUGCAUUUAGAGCCCAUUUUGCAGAAACAUACAUACUUUUUUCAAAACUGUUCAAAAUAUAUGCUAAACUGGAAUUUUCUAGAGUGACAUAUUGAAAUAUAUUCUACGGGGACUGAAAUAUAUUGGAAACAUAAACAAAAUAUAUGCGAUAAAAUGAAGGUAAAAUGAGACCGAACACAGCUGAUUCCCAUUUCAUCUCAACUAAAGCGCAGGAGUAGAUGUUAGAGGCAAGAUUGGGGCCAGCAGCACAAUGGGUGUGGUAUUUUCCAGUGAUGAUUUGAAGUUGCAUGGACCACACUCGUACGACUGAGCUUCUAGAUGAUCUAUAAGGAGGAUUAAUUCCAGCAGAGGGUAAUGGGUCAGUGAGAUCAAAUAUGCCAGUUGUUGUAUGCCAGUGGCAUUUCGCCACUCAGAACAUCCCAGAAUGCCACCCGACUCCCCCUUCCUAAGAAUAAAACUGAGGAUUUCCAAGGGGCUGGGUCUGGCUCAGUGGGCUAAGCCUCCAUGCCUGUGAUGAGAAGGUGCUUGGUUGAAGUCCAGCCUCGACGCAUCUGUGGGUCCUUCAGCAAGGCCCUUAACCCCCAGCUCCCUGGGCGUUGCUAUUGGUGGCUGCUCUCCGCGGCCAGCUUGCUCUCACCUACGGAGAGCAAGUUGAGGGAGGUGUAAAGACAAUUUCCCCAUGAGGAUCAAUAAAAUGUAUCUAUUAUUACUACUUUUUCUCCAUGGAGGUAGAAGGUACAUCCACAAUCUAUAUGACCAAAUGUCCUCUAUUGAAUGGCAUAAAUAUCAGAUACUUUCACAGAGAAAACAUUAGACUCGAUGAACAGUCUUUAUUGUCAAUAUGCCCAUGUACCAGUACAAAGCGCAUUAAAAUGCUGUUUCCCUUGGGUCCCCUUUGGUGCUACAGUUAAAUACAAAUACAAUAACGGUGCGAUAUGGAUACGAAUGUGGUCAAAUCCAGAACAGAGGGUGGACUAGCACUGUCAUGUAUGUAAAUGCAUAUAGAAAUGACUGUAAUAUAUGCAGAAACAAAAA